AUGACGAGUCAUGGUAUUCCUCGCUCGGCCACCCGCGAAGAGCGGACAGCGGAUGCACGCCAACGGGAGCUCAAAGAAAUAUCAGAGUACCAAAGGCUAGUAGAAGAGGUCAACCAAAAGGUUCAAGCUGAAGAAUUCACGCCUGAAUUGCUCCAAAAGACAGCCGAGUUACUAAGACGAAACCCGGAAUACUACACCAUAUGGAACCAUCGCCGGCGCAUCUACGUUCACGAGUUUCAGGACCUCGAGAAGCAGGUUUCUGCAGGCGAAUUGGAGGAGGACAGUCGAGUUAGCCAGGUAUUGGACAUCAUCCAGCUGGACUUGCAGUUCUUGUUCCCUCUACUACUCAAAUUUCCCAAGUGCUACUGGAUAUGGAACCACAGACUGUGGCUUCUUCAACAAGCCACUGCGUUGCUUCCUGUUUCCAAAGCCCGCCCUCUAUGGGAGGAAGAGCUGGGUCUGGUUGGGAAAAUGCUGAGUCGAGACAGCCGGAACUUCCAUGGGUGGGGUUAUCGACGGAUCGUGGUGCAGAGUCUCGAAAGCCCUACUUUGCAUGGGCAGAGUAUGUCGAGACAGGAGCUUGAUUAUACGAAACAGAUGAUUGGUAUCAAUCUUUCCAACUUUUCAGCCUGGCACAAUCGAAGCAAACUUAUUCUCAAGGUGCUGGACGAGGAAAAUGCCAGCGACGAAGAGCGCAAGAAGAUGCUGGAUGCAGAACUUGAGUUGAUCCAUCAAGCAUUGUUCGACCCGUACGAUCAGUCCUUAUGGUUCUAUCACCAAAAUCUGAUGUGCAGUUUUGACCUUGACCUUGCUGAGCGAAGCAUGGCACCUAACCUUUCAAACGAACAACGAUUGACCUAUAUUGCCUCCGAGAGGCGGUACAUCGAGGAGGUCCUUGAAGACGCUCAAGACUGUAAAUGGCCAUAUCAGGCUCUCAUCGAAUGCACACUGCUGGAAGCAAAACUGAGGCAGGGACUACAGGACGACGACAAGAAGCAGAUAUUGCAGUGGUUGAAAGAGCUCAAAACCCUGGACCCUCUAAGAGAAGGCCGAUGGGUAGACAUGGAGCAGUCUCUUAUUAAAGGCACCGCUUGA